GGCGGGGCGGGGCGGGGCCCUGGCGGGGCGGUCCCGCCGCUCUCCCUGUAGCCGCUUGUACUCGCUCGAUCCGGCGGGUAGGGGCCGGUUGCAUGGGGCCGCCCGAGGAGGUGCAGGAGCGGCUGGCGCGGUGCGGGCAGAGCCACCUGCUGCGGUUCUGGGCCGAACUGGGCCCGGAGCAGCGCGGGGCACUGCUGGCCGCUUUGCCGCCUGGGCUGGGAGAGCACUGCCGCAUGGCGGCGGCGGCCGGGGCCCGCCAGCGGGGGCCAGCGGAGUGCCUGGACGGCCGGAUGGAGCCGCUCCCCGCCCGGCUGCUGGGCAGCGCCCGUCGCAGCGGCCCCGCCGUGCUGGAGCGUUGGGAAGCGGAAGGCUUGCAUCAGAUCUCGCAGAACAAGGUGGCAGUGCUGCUCCUGGCUGGAGGACAAGGAACUCGCCUGGGAGUGAGCUAUCCUAAGGGCAUGUACAACGUGGGAUUGCCCAGUGGCAAGACCUUGUAUCAGAUCCAAGCAGAAAGAAUCCACAAAGUGGAACAGCUUGCUGGCCAGAGACACCACUGCAAGUGUGCCAUACCCUGGUACAUCAUGACAAGUGAGUUCACGCUGGGGCCGACAGAGGAAUUCUUUGUAGAACACAACUACUUCAAUCUGGAUAGAUCCAACGUGGUCAUGUUUGAACAGAGAAUGUUGCCCGCUGUCACCUUUGAUGGGAAGGCCAUCUUGGAGGAGAAAGGGAAAAUUGCCAUGGCUCCAGAUGGCAAUGGUGGCUUAUACCGUGCUUUGGUGGAUAAUAAGAUUUUGGAUGACAUGAAGCAGCGUGGAAUCCAGUACGUCCAUGUAUACUGUGUGGACAAUAUCCUCGUGAAAAUGGCAGAUCCAGUCUUCAUAGGAUUCUGUGUUUCCAAAGGGGCAGAUUGCGGUGCAAAGGUGGUGGAGAAGGCCUACCCCACAGAGCCUGUUGGGGUGGUAUGCUCUGUGGAUGGGGUCUACCAAGUGGUGGAGUACAGUGAGAUCAGCCUGGAGACUGCACAGCAGCAGAGUCCCAAUGGGGGACUGAUGUACAAUGCUGGCAAUAUCUGUAACCACUUCUUCACGGUUGAGUUCCUGGAAACAGUGGCCCAGAAAUAUGAGCCGCAGCUGAAGCAUCAUGUUGCCAUAAAGAAAGUGCCCUACAUUGACGAGGAGGGAAAUCUGGUAAAACCACUAAAACCGAACGGGAUAAAGCUGGAGAAGUUUGUAUUUGAUGUGUUCCAGUUCUCUAAGAAUUUUGUGGCAUUCGAAGUUUUGAGAGAAGAAGAGUUCUCGCCACUAAAAAAUGCAGACACAGCUGACAAAGACACUCCCACCACUGCACGGCAAGCCCUCCUGGCCCAGCAUUACCUCUGGGCUCUCAAGGCUGGGGCCAGAUUUCUGGAUGAAAAUGGUUGCAGGAUACCAGAGAAACUCAGUCUCUCAGGAACUGAAAAUGCUCCGGCUGUGUGUGAGAUAUCCCCAUUAGUGUCUUACUUUGGAGAGGUGAGAAUAACUGUCUAUGGAGAUAUUUUUAAGCAUGCUGGGUCUGGAAGUGUACAUGAAGAACAGAGACUUCCAAUCUCCCUUUGUACUUGAUGAAAACAAAGCACAAAUGCUAGGAAGUUCUUGAAAAGGAGGGAGGCUUUUCUCUCAAAUCAGAUACUGUCUGUCAGGUCCAUUGUAAGAACUGACAUUACUAAAAUACCAGCUAUGAAGUGCAUUAUAUAAAACAUUGCUUUGCAGUACUGAUUGAUGCCAAAUCAUUACAGCAAUUGUGUCUGCACACACAUGGGUGCUCAGCAGUUCUGUUUGGUAACUUCGAAGGCUGUGCCUUUUACCUCAGUCUGUUUUGUAGACUUGGAUAUAAAUGAAGAUUAUUAAUACCUUCUGGGUACCAAACACAUUUUAUAUUUUUUAUUUGCUGUGCAUACAGAUAUGUCAAAGAGACAGGGUCUGAUAAAUCAGCUUUGCAUUCAAGAAGACUAAAUCACUUCAGUGCCUUGUUAGGGAUUUUGUUUGUGCUGGUGAGGUGUCGGUGGUUUCUGAUACUUUUUUUUUCUUUAAUUUGCGUGCACAUGUGAAGAAUCAGUUUGAGGCCCUAUACUGAAAAGUAUGGAAUGACUUUGUGUACCGGGGCCUUUCCUUCCAAAGAUCCAUCUUUACUCUAAUGCUGUGCUGGUUAGAAGAUCCAGUACAGCAAUUGCAUCCUCUAACCAGAUCGCGCAGAGUCUGCAGUGGGUAGGGAUGCUGCUGUGCUAAGUGUUGCUUGAGCUUUGGACUCCAAAGCAGAUCAGAGUAGUAUGCAUAUCUAGAUUUGCUGGUGUCAUUCCAAGAAAACUUAUGGAAAUAUGAAGCUUUGACUGAUUGCUUUUUACAGCUGUAGGUUUUCUUUAUUGAAAAGAAAAAAAAUUAUUCUUUUUUCCUCAGCAGUCCUCUGCUCUUCCUGUCUAUAACAAACAGUUAUUUUACUUUCCAUUUUUCUGUUUAAUGUGUUCCAUAUCCCUCAAAGGGACUCUUUUAAAGUACCUGAAAGUAAUAAGAGGCACAAAUCCUGAUGGUAGAAUUUAAUGCUCAACCAAAACAAACAAAUGAAAAAGACUCAAUCUCUGUAUGACCACUGCACACAGUAAAACACCAGCUUUUCCUUCUACAGUUUCUGGACAGCCUUUAGAUGCCUUCCUUUUAAAUACAUUACUAACCGUAAUGCAGAGAUAAGUGUCAUCUAAUUAAGGACACUAAUAGUCAGAACACAUGUAGCAUGUGAACUCGGCCCUGGCCAAGGGAUCCCAGGGUGCCUCUGAGCCACAAAUGAUUGCUCCUGCUCAGCCUUUGGCACUGCCUUGGCAAGCUUGUGCCAGGCAAGCACAGAACACACCAAAGUGGUUUCACCCUCAUGAGGAUGCUUCAGGUGUACUGCUGGGUGGCCUUUGCUUGAAGAGCACUUUAUACUUCUUCCCUAAAUCAGGUUUAAAGGAAGGUGGGGAGGAAGAUGCCUCAUUUGAAUGUUGUUAUUUCAUGCAUCUGCUUCUAUUGAGGAAUUGCUGAUGCUGUUUUAUUAAGCAUAAAUCUUUUUAAUAACUUACAUGGCUUUGAAAAAACUUACAUGUGAUUCCUGAUGUGAAGCUGUAUUCAGAAUGUUGGAGAAGUAUAAAAAUGGCUUUGAGAGUUAAUAGUUUGUAACUAGGCUCAUGUUGUCCCAAGAAAGCAUCUAAAUGUCAAUGGCCGUUUUCAGGUCUAAGGUGUAUAUGCACUGAAGUAAUGAGCCUUUUGCAUGUGCAGACCAGCUCAUGACAGUUUUGAUUACCUGUGUUUGUCGUGCAUCCGUAAUUCCCAUUUUUAGUAUAAAUUAAGCAUUUGCCUGUGAUGCUCAAUUCUGUAUUUUUCUUCACAGUGUUUCUAUGGAUCAUUCCAUUCCUGUCAGUCAAGUUUUAUAUUUGUGCCCUGGUUUUGGCUGGGAUAGAGUUAAUUUUCUUCCUAGUAGACUCUAUGCCAGCCGAAUUCAGGACAAUCUGCCAACAAAUUGUGUUGCAUCUUUGUGAGUAUUGCUUGUUGAUUCAGGCACAUGCUCCUUUUAAGGUGCACUGUGUUAUGAAGAAAGCAUAUUUCUAUUGCUCUUUAUAAAGUGCUUUCUUUUGAGACUCAGUUCCUGUGGGCUUUAAUCAUGUGUACACUGACUGAGCUGUUGAUUGCUUUUAGAGCUUGUUUUUGAGGGGAAGCCGAAUUAGAAUACUGAAUGCCUUGUCUGUUAGGGUGUUUUUCUGUAACUCCUCACAUUUUAAACUGGAACAUAGAAAAAAUUUUGAGAGAACAUAAAAAAUAGUAUCUGUUCUGUAUGUAGCAAAGUAAUUCUAGUACGCACUGUGAAAUGAAAAAAGUACCUGAAACAAAGGGAGGUCCCUUAGUACUCCAGAAACUUUUGGACACCUAAGCAUUUUUAUAAUAAAGUUGUUACUGUGA